AUGCGCGCGUGGCUGCGCAAGCACCCGGCCAUCCGCCGCUGCCGCGCGGACGCGCCCUUCCUGCUGCGCUUCCUGCGCACCAAGAAGUUCAGCGUGCCGCAGGCGCAGGACAUGCUGGAGCGCUACCUCGCCAUCCGGCAGCUCUAUCCACGCUGGUUCCGCAAGCUCGACCUCGACGACCCCGAGCUGGCAGAGGUCAUCGACGCCGGGUACCUGGUGCCGCUGCCCGAGCGAGACGACUUCGGGCGCCAGGUGAUCCUGUCCUGCGCAGGGCGCUUCGACCCGUACAAGUUCUCGUCUGCGCACAUGGCGCGCGCGCACGGGCUGGUGGCGGAGGCGCUCAUGGACGACGAGGAGAACCAGGUGCGCGGCUACGCCUACGUCAACGACGAGUCGGGGCUCACCGCGGGCCACCUCUCGCUCUGGUCGCUCGCCGACAUCCGCGCCAUGCUGCGCUGCAUACAGAACUCGACGCCGAUGCGCCACAAGGCCACGCACUUCCUGAACGUGCCCUCGCUCGCCUCGAAGGUCUUCGAGUUCUUCAUCGGACUCCUCUCGGAGAAGCUGCGAGCGCGCAUACGACUGCAUGCCAACGUGGAGGAGCUGCAGGAGGCCGUGAACCCUCGCAUCCUGCCGAAGGAGUACGGCGGGGAGGUCCCGCUGGCGGACAUGAUUGGUACGUACUCCCACGGCCGCUCUGGCUUUAACACGGCUCCACAGAGGAGAAAAGCGAACUUGAAACCUAGAUUGGGAGCACGAUUUUUAAACAUACUUAUAAACGAAUCGUGA